AUGUUACUAAGAACCUAUAGUGCACCAAUUCACACUUCUUUCCUUCUUUCUCAUUCAAUGGAAUCUUCACCUGAACAAGAUCUCAAUCACCACCACCUUCCUCCUAAAACACUUGCAACCCCUUCCAAAACUAAGAACAAGAGCUUUUCAUCACGUAGUAACCUUGUUAAGAAUCCUCAUCAGAAUAUAGUGGAACAUGAAAAAACAACACCUUCAAUUAGAGAAGAAGUGCUUUUUUCAAGCUAUAGUUUAAAUAAACAAGUUUUGGAUCAUGAAGAGGGUGGUAAGAAAGUUGUAAAGUUGCAAACUUUAGUAAUGGGUGGUGGUGGAAUGGGAUGUGAUGAUGGUGGAAGAAUUUGUGGUGGUGGAAAUGGAAAUGGAAAUGGGUGGGAGAAUAAUUAUGGUAGAGAUGAAACUCAUGCUUAUUAUCAGAACAUGAUUCAAGCAAAUCCAAAUAAUUACCUUUUACUUGGAAAUUAUGCCAAGUUUUUGAAAGAGGUUUGUGGAGAUUAUGGUAAAGCAGAGGAGUAUGUUGAAAGAGCCAUUCUGGCUAACCCUAGUUAUGGUGAUGCCUUAUCCCUAUAUGCAAAUAUAAUAUGGAAAACUGAGAAGAAUGUUGAUCGAGCUGAAGCAUAUUUUGAUCAAGCUGUUAAAAGUGAUCCAAAUGAUUGCUAUGUCUUGGCUUCAUAUGCAAAAUUUCUAUGGGAUGCUGAUGAAGAAGAUGAAGAUGAAGAUAAUGACUGUCAACAUAAGAACCAUACAUAUUCACAUGAAAUCACUGCAGCCUCUAAAAUCUAA